AUGUUCGAGACCAAGUCAGCGCUAAAUCGGAUAACUUCUACACACCGCAUGGUUCCCUCCAAACCACAAAGGGUGCUACUACUAUUGCUACCACUACUGUGCUGCCCACCAACGUUGCAAAACGCCAUCACAGAGCCCAAGAGUACCAACAAAACCGACACAACAGCAGCGGGAGACACCGCCAGCUCGGGAAGUCACUUCGUGCCACAUCGUUUCUCCAGCAGCAACAACAUUACCAUAUUACACGAAGUGCACGGACUGCACAGCGCGACAGAACGGCCACUCGUGCUCAAUACACACGAAGUUUUGCCGGUGAAGCCGUUGAAGAAAAAACCCUACACGCUGCUGGACAAAACGAUCUUUCCCGACUAUGAAAAACCGAGACCGCUUAAAGAAUAUGAGCUGCAUCCGGUGACUUUUGACUUCAAUUUAAGCGAUUUGGAGGAUCUCGAGCAUGAGACCGUGAAGAAGGGUGACCUCAGCGCUGAGGAGAAGCAUUUACUGCGUAAUGCGGAUGAAGCGGGGCUCAGCUACAGUGAACGCGGUCUGCCUUUUGAGGAUAUCGAGAGCGGUGUGGCAUUGGCAGGUGUGCCGGCGACCGAAGUAACGCUGAGUGUUUACACCACAGAGGUGACAAGUUUACCUACGACGAAUGCCACACCGGUAAGCACCAGCACCACCACCACCACCACCACUACAAUUGCGCCGAUUAUCACCACACCGAAUGUUGUGGCCACCAUAAGUCCACACAUCUUUAAGGUGCAUAAGAAUAAAACUUUGAAGAAGGGUCGUGAGCUGCUCAAGCAAGAAGAAGAGAUGCCGAAGAAUGUUGGCAAUAAUUUCAAUAGUAUUAGUCAUUAUUUUGGUGCAGAUCCAGUUGUGGGUGAAGUGAAUGCAACGGCGGCUAGUCUCCAGACUGCAAAUAUCUUUCAAAUUAUCACCAAUUUGUAUGACCACUUCUAUUGGCAGCCUACCGAGAUACGCACCAAGGUGAGCACCGCAUGUGGGCUCGAGAUGCAGGCGUAUUUGACGGGACUACAUGGCAAUUUCAACUGGGCCCAGAGAGCUUACGAUGCCUCCGGUCGUUACCGUGGACAGUUAUUCUUUGGCAAUGACAAGUGGCUGGGUCAGAAGAACUUUUGCUAUGAACUAAAUCGUCAAUUAAAUCCGGAUGAGCGUAAACAUUUCGAAUUUGAAUUUUAUGCAGCACUGGUGGCCUUACGCUUGUGGAUGCCACAGGCAUUGAACGUCAACCUUCAAUUGGGCGAAUGCCUGCCGCGCUCCUGCAGCGCACAUGACGUGCAAGCCAUACUCACAUUAGACCCGCAUGCCCAAAUGCUAGUCACAUUAAACACCGCAGCUGCCAUGCAUGCACAACACAAUCAAAGCAUCGGCCACAAAAGCAACAACAAUAGUAACAACACUAGCAGCAGCAAUAACCAUACGAUAAUACAAGUAUUGCAUGUGCGCCCGGUACCCGGCUUAUUUAGCUACUGGCGUGAGCUGAAAUUUCAAAUAUUUCUAAGUUUCAUGUUGACGUUGUUGCUGCUCGUCAUCACUGCCACUUGGUAUCAGUCGAAAUUGAGUCAACUGCAGCUCACCUCGCCUCACAUACCAGCCAUAAGCGCGAAAAUUGAUGCCGUCAUUGCUGCCACAGCCGCAGGUGGCAUUGUGACGCUGGAUGCCGGCGCUGCGGGUACCUACACCAGCAAUGUCUCAAAUAGUGGUAGCGUUAAAUCGAGGAGAGGCCACCAAAUGCCGGCCUUCGAAGUCUAUCAGAUGAGCACGCUGAACGAGAACAACAAUGUGCUUGACAUUGAGGCCGACGUAAAUGGCAAUAAAAUGGCGAACAACGGUACUAGUGCUGGACAUGCCAAUGGGCAUAGCAAUGGCAGCGCCGCAGCUGCAGCAUCCACAAAUGGCGCUGGUGGCAGCGGUAGUAGCAACGGUGGUAGCGUGCGUCGCCCGCACGGCUCAUUGUCAGCUUCGGAGGUUGGAAAAUCAAAUUUGGCCGACUAUCGGCUGGAGACGAGCAGCAGUGUGGGUGCGAGCAGCACGUAUGAAGCGAAGAAGCAAUUGAGUUUACAUGAACAGCUUCUACUGUGUUUUGCAUUUCAAACGAACGCCGGCACCAUACUAAAUAUGACCGAGAACAAAGAGCAACAAACCUCUUGCGUACAUGGCCUGCGUGUCUUCUCCGUGUUGUGGACGAUAAUGGUGCAUACGUAUUUGCAAAUGUUUACCAUCGGUGAAAAUAGAUUUCAACGCAACAUCGUCGAACGCUCAAUUUGGUAUCAGUUUGUGGGUAACGCCACUUUUUCCGUUGAUACAUUCUUCUUCAUCAGCGGCUUCCUGCUCACGCUAAUCUUUUUGAAGCAGGAGAAAAAGUAUCCGGAUGACACUGGCCAAUUUUUGCGGCACAGCAUGAAAGAGACUGGUUUCGUAUUGCUUUACCGUUAUAUACGCUUGACACCAGCAUAUUUGUUUGUAAUACUCUUUAACGAUUUCGCCUUGCGCCAAACUUUCAACAACUCCGUCUUCCAGCCGAAUGUUGCCGCCGACACUUGCAGCAGCUAUUGGUGGCGCAAUAUACUCUACAUCAAUAAUUUCUACCCGCUCAGUGAGAUUUGCAUGAUCUGGAGUUGGUAUAUGGCUAAUGAUAUGCAAUUCUUUGUGAUGGCUUCGCUCUUGUUGGUGCUCUCCACGAGGUACUUCAAAACGACGGCAAUCAUUGUCUGCGCAUUUUUGCUGAGCUCUUGGGGCAUAUCGGGCAUAAUUUCACUGCAUUACCGUUAUACACACAAAGUGGCCAAUCCAUUUGAAUCAUUCGACUUUCUCUACGACAAGCCGUGGCAGCGCGUGGGUACUUAUAUAAUGGGCAUGCUAGCCGGCCUCAUAAUCUACAAAGUGAAGAAACCACCGCCGCUAAGCAGCCGCACCCACUAUCUACUCUGGUUGGGCAGCUGGUCGCUGUUGGCGAUCAUCAUUUUCGGCGUGUGGAACGGCGAGCUCAGUCGUCUCAUGACGGCGUUCUAUGUUAGCAUCGGCCACACAGCAUUCGGCGUCGGCCUUAUUUGGAUCGUUUUGUCCUGCUGUUGGGGCAUUGCGCCCACCGCCAAUCGUAUACUCUCCUAUCGUGGCCUCUGGCCGCUCUCACGUCUCACCUACUGCACUUACCUCAUACACCCAGUCAUAAUGCUAAUCACAUCGUUUCGCAUGAGUGGCAUCGUUCAUCUGAAUAAUCUCUUCGUAAUGACAAUUUUUCUGGGGAAUGCGGUGGCCUCCUUCGGUGUGGCAUUCUUCAUUUCGGUUUUGUUCGAGGCGCCAGUCAUACGGAUAUUGAAGAUUUUUUAUCGGAAAUAGUGAAUUUGUAGUUGUAGAAUUAUAUUUUAUGUGUAUUUCUUGUAUAUAUGUAUUUAAAUGUAAGAUAGUUGCAUAAACUCAAAAUUUUUUAAAUUUACCUUAAAACAGUUAUCGAGCUGCUCCUU